AUGGGCCAACAAUCCGACCGUUCCCACGCCGCUGGAGCAGGGUCUGUUAUGCCGGCCGCCAGCUUCGUGGCGCUCGCGCAUCUUGAUUGUGGGAGUCUUGAUUGUGGGAGUCUUGAUUGUGGGAGUCUUGAUUGUGGGAGUCUUGAUUGUGGGAGUCUUGAUUGUGGGAGUCUUGAUUGUGGGAGUCUUGAUUGUGGGAGUCUUGAUUGUGGGAGUCUUGAUUGUGGGAGUCUUGAUUGUGGGAGUCUUGAUUGUGGGAGUCUUGAUUGUGGGAGUCUUGAUUGUGGGAGUCUUGAUUGUGGGAGUCUUGAUUGUGGGAGUCUUGAUUGUGGGAGUCUUGAUUGUGGGAGUCUUGAUUGUGGGAGUCUUGAUUGUGGGAGUCUUGAUUGUGGGAGUCUUGAUUGUGGGAGUCUUGAUUGUGGGAGUCUUGAUUGUGGGAGUCUUGAUUGUGGGAGUCUUGAUUGUGGGAGUCUUGAUUGUGGGAGUCUUGAUUGUGGGAGUCUUGAUUGUGGGAGUCUUGAUUGUGGGAGUCUUGAUUGUGGGAGUCUUGAUUGUGGGAGUCUUGAUUGUGGGGGUCUUGAUUGUGGGGGUCUUGAUUGUGGGGGUCUUGAUUGUGGGGGUCUUGAUUGUGGGGGUCUUGAUUGUGGGGGUCUUGAUUGUGGGGGUCUUGAUUGUGGGGGUCUUGAUUGUGGGGGUCUUGAUUGUGGGGGUCUUGAUUGUGGGGGUCUUGAUUGUGGGGGUCUUGAUUGUGGGGGUCUUGAUUGUGGGGGUCUUGAUUGUGGGGGUCUUGAUUGUGGGGGUCUUGAUUGUGGGGGUCUUGAUUGUGGGGGUCUUGAUUGUGGGGGUCUUGAUUGUGGGGGUCUUGAUUGUGGGGGUCUUGAUUGUGGGAUGGGAGUCUCGAUUGUGGGAUGGGAGUCUCGAUUGUGGGAUGGGAGUCUCGAUUGUCUGGUUGAAGAAACUGAAGAAAUCACUUCACCACCACCACCACCACCACCACCACCACCACCACCACCACACGAUUACGAGUCCGAAAAGAGCCAGACGAAAUGGACAACAAUUGUGUUCCAUUGGAUUACAGGAUGA